GGCAGGAAACAAUGCGUUCCCUGCGCAGUUUACAGCUGCUCGGUCUGCUGUGCCUGGCGUUGGGUAAUAUCAGCCAUGUCGCGGCCUAUCCCAAGACCAAAAGCAACACCAACACUCCAACAACAACAACAACAACAACGGCACAUCAGUCGAAGCAGCCUAUCUACACCUAUCUGACCACAUCAAGUAUGUCCAGCCACGGGAAUGAUGCUGCCAUGCAACCAGCUAUUGUGUACGAGGCAACUAUGCCCAAGCAGCAGCAGCAGGAGGGGGAGAAGGGGCAUGCCACAACAUCCGCAACAGCAACGACGUCGCCGGUGGAGGCAUCAAAGAAAGUCAUCGGUUCCAGCGUGGUUUCCUCGGUGUCCGUUGUGCUUGACGGGAAUGAGCCGCAGUUUACGGAUGCAUUGGGUCAUAAGGUGCCGAAGCCGCAGCCCUCGUUGCAGGUGGCGAGUCCCAUAGAUCUGCUCAAUCCCGAUCGCUAUGAGUUCUACACAUUUGAUGAGCAUGGUGAGCUGGUCAAGCGUCUGAUGACCAUGCAGGAGAUCCAAAGCAUUGUGGCGAACGGCGAUGGUGAAGGACCCUCCAUUAUACACACGCCGCCACAGACAGAGCAGGAGCCGGAGAAGAAUGUGCAGGAUAUUGUGAAUAGAGUGCAGAAUGUCCUCAACAAGGAGGUGGCCAGCAGCUCCUCGAAGAACAGCUCGGCGGAGCUGCUGCUGCCAGUGUUGGAUACUCCCGAUGUGUCCUCCUCCUGGUCACUCAUCCUCCCAGCCAUCUUUGGCAACACGGGUGGCGACAUCUUCCCGCAGCAGAAACCCCAGCAGAUCGUGAUGACACCCGAAUCCGAGCUAUUGGAUACAUCGACGAGGGCAGCGCCAAUCACACAGCGGGUUACCAAGAAACCGAAGCCGUCCAAGCGCAAGCCGGGCAACAAACGCAAGCCCAGCACCACAACGACCACCACUGAGAUGACACCGCAGGUGGUGCAGGAGGAACUGGAUCCCAUGGAGUCUGUUUACGCGGGCAUUGAGCAAUAUCAACAGGCAGCGGCCAAUAUGCAUGACUUUGAUGUGGUGCACAUGCAGCCCAUUUACCAGAAGCGACCCAGCACCACCGCCAGACCCGAGACAACAACCACCACCCGACGUGUGUUCUACAACAACCAGGAGAUCAUCCACACACCCACAUCAUCCACAAGUGCUGGCAGCUAUUCAAGCACCACGGAGAAGAUCGUGCACAAUCAUCAGCUGGCCAAGAAACCCGCCAAUGUGCAGCGGAAACCCACGCAACCACAUCGUGUGAAGAAACCCAAUGGCGGCACUAGCAGCAGCACCACCAGCACCACUCAUUCCACGGGCAGCAAGCAAAAGCUAAAGAAGAAGACAACUACUACCACUAGCACCACCACAACCACUACUACACCCGCAACCACCACUACAACUGCAGCAACAUCGCCUGCGGAGGAAGCACCACCCGCCACUGAGGCAGUCACUAGCACCACCCAAGCAACUGUGUCAACCACACCCAAAAAGAAGAAGCGCAAGCCAACGCGCACGCCUGGACACGCGACUAGCACCACCAGCGGUGGCAACAAGCCCGGCAAACCGAAGCGCAAGCCAACCACUAAGCCCAAACCACCAACAGAAGCCAUCGACACCGCAACUGCAGCCUCUGCACCACAGUAUCAGGAGGUAAGCACGCUGAAACCACCGCGCCCACAUCGACCACACAAGAAGCCCAAGCCUACAACAACCACGAGCACAACGACAACAACAACCACAACAACAACAACAACCACACCAGAGCCAACAACGACAACAACAACCACUGCUGUGCCUGAGACUGCAACUGAGCCUGCACCACAGCAGCUACCAACAGAAGCUCCAGCAGCUGAGCCACAACCUGAACCGCAGUCAACCACAACAACAACCACAGCUGUGCCAACCACAACAACAACCACAGCUGAGCCUACAACAACCACCACGAGCAGACGUCCACCCGCAUUGCAUCAUCAGAAGUUGCAUGGAAAACCUGCACAUGCGAGCACCACCAAGCGACCCAGCACCCAGCCGCACCACCAGAAGAUCCACCAGAAGCCUGUGCAUAGUUCGCUAGCCAGUGAGUCCACCAAGUCACCUAAUCAACAGCCCAUACACUCCUAUGGCUAUGUGAAUGCGCUGCCAACGAAGAGCACAACCACAACCACAACAACUACAACUAGCACCACACAUGCACCCAUGUAUCCAGUGCCCAGCUACGAUGCCGAAGCCACUGAGCAGCUGCCCACAAUUGUGGCUCAAGGGGAACAGCUGAAGAAGACACCAUUGCCGUUGCCAUCGUUGGCAUUGAUGCAACAGCAGCUGCAACAAAGUUCGCCAUCGCCUGCACCACAAUUGUCGCCGGAUCAGAUACUCUCGAUGGAUCAGAUUGUGCAGAGCCUGACACAGGAUCUGCUGGGCAGCGACAAAAAGGAGGAGCGACCAGUGCAAGCACCUGUUAAAUACGACAGUGCGGAGAAUAAUGAACAGAUGGCAUUGUUGGCCAACAAGAAGAAGACACCACUGAGCAGCACAACAACAACAACAACAACCACUCCCAAGACAAGCACAACGCUAAUAAAUACACCUAGACCCUUGACCGCCAACUACGGAGGUAGUACGUUGGCCACCAUGCUGGAUGAGGAGGAUGCAAGCACAAGUCUGGAGCCAGUUGAGUCCAGCGAGCAGACGACGCACAGCAGCAGUGAACUGGAGCCGGAGCAGGAGACAACGGUGGUGUUGAUAACCGCAAGGCCGCAAUACUUUGCCUCGACCAGUGCACCGCAAGCCGUGAAGCCGGAGCUGCCCCACGAAGAGCCGGAGACCACAGAGUUGCCAUACCACACGCAAUUCCAGCUGACCACACCAAUGGCAACGCUGGACGAUGGCGAAAGUGAAACGGAGACGGAAAAGGAAAAGGAAGCCACCACAAGCCAACCGACUGAGGAAGCUAAUCAUGUGGAGUCAACCACCAGUGGUUACCAACAGCAGGAGGUUAGCGCUGAGGCAACCACCGAACUCGUGGCACGUCUGCCCGUUACGGAGAGCACCACAGCCGCCGCUGAUGAGGACGACGACGACAGCACUGAGGUAACGCCCAUGAUUGCCAACCUGGUGCAACAGCUCAAUCUGGAGGUGCUAAAGCCAACGGAUCAAAUCUCAAUGGCCAAUUUCCAGACACAGGCGGCAACAGUGGCCUCCACGCUGGUCGAUGGCAGCAACACUCUCGUCUCCGACAUUCACAUGAACUCCAAUGAGACAAAAGAUGAACUCGAGUUCCUCAUGUCCGAUGUGAUACAACAAAUUACCCAGGAUGAGCAAUACAAGCCAUCUCAACACAAUGAUGAUGAUGAUUCACAUCGUUUGACCAACUAUGCCCAGUUGAACACCUCAUUUCUGCUGCAACCAGCGAAGCCAGCGCAGGAGCUGAAGAAAAAGACGACGACGACGACGACGACAACGACGACGACGGAAUCUUUGCCUGCACAGGAAACCACAACCAUAAUACCCAGUAAUGAGGAACUCAUUAAACAGGAAGCCGCCUACCUCAGUCAGGUGGAGAGCAGCACAUACAGGGUGCCGGUGUUAUCGCUAUCGGAAAUCUAUGCACAGCAACAGCAGAACGAGGAUGCUGAGCAGCAGCAAUUCGAGCUGGACAGACUAGAUCAGGAGCAGGAGAAGGAGAAAGAACAAGGAGAGACAACCUACAUAACUGAGACGACAGUCAGCGCGGAGGCAACCACCGAGGAGAGCAAAGAGACGACGACAGCCAACGAGGAAACAAGCUCAACGAGCGUCGAGCAGCUGGACAGCGAAAAGCCUGACUCGCCGGACAACUACAACAUGGAAAGCGAGGAGCAAAAGCCCGAAAUGUUGACAAAUGCUUACAACGAACAAAUCCUCGCGGAAGCCAGCGAAACACCCACGACAGACAAGUCCGAUGUGGCACAAACGCAGGUGACGCCAGUCGCUGGAGCAGCUGCAGCAACGAUUGUUUACCAGGAGCAAACAUCAACAGAGCAACAGCAGACGGAGACGAACACGGAAAAGGAGUUGGAGUUGGAGGAGCAGGGGGAGCAGGAGGAGCAGGAGAAAAGCAAGGAAACAGAAACACAAACAGAGGAGGAGCCAAUGCAAAGUGUCGAGGAUAAUGCAACAAAUGCGGCACAGUUGCAGCCACAGUAUGCAGCAGCACAGCCGGAGGCAACAGAGGAGAAGACGGAGACGACGGAGACAACGGCUAGCGAUGAGACGGUGACGGAAAUACCCGGUGAUAUGUCCGUGGUAUCAUCCGAAUCGGACAUGUCGCUCAGUUCGGAGCAGGCUACGGAAAAGCUUGAGCUGAGCACGGUAAAGAGCUUGGAAUUGAACGAGGAGUCAACGGAGGAUAUAUCGGAUGAGUUGAGCGCCACUCUGACCGAAGAGGAUACGACAAGCGCUCAGAACUAUCAGCUGGACGAUGAGGAUCCCUAUGUGAAGCUGGGCGAGACCACGGCCAGUGUGGUGAAGCCACAGAGCAUGGAGAUUGAGCAGGAGGAGGAUAAGGAGAGCACAGUUCAGUCCACGGAGCAGCAGGAGGAGGAGAACUACAAGGUGAGCCUGCCCUUGGUCAGUUAUGGCAACCAGGAAGUUGAGCAGCCAGACGAGGAGGAUGAGGAGGAUCAAGCCAACUAUCAGCUGCCCAGCAGCACAACAACAACGACAACAACAACGACAACAACAAAGAAGCCUACAACAACAACCACCACGACAACAACACCAACAAAGCGUCUGCACACCUUGAAACCUGUGUCCUACUAUGUGCAACCUUCCCUGCUCGCUGGCUACAAUCAGCUGGAACCACAACCACCCAAAGUGUUGCCCUACAACGCCAACAGUCUCUCCCAGCAGCAGCAACAACAACAACAACAACGACCUAUGCAACGUCCUGCUUCGUUGACCAAUUUGAUGGCUGCCUCGACACAGGCAACGCGUCCACCUGUCAAACUGGAGCCAAGUCCACAAAGCUCGCAGGGAUUGGAGGCAUCCACAGUGCGACUGGAUGAGGAUGUUGUUGCCUUCGCUCGCCUAUGCAAUGAGCUGGCAUUCAGCUACUGGAAGGCCAUCACCUCGGAGAAGAUUAGCUCGGCCAGAAGUCUGGUCAUCUCACCCUUUGCCUUGACUUCCAUGUUGUCGAUGGUUUUCCUCGGUGCACGCGGCAGCACGUCGGGAGAAAUGAACGAGAUACUCAAGCUGGACGAUAUGGUCACCUUUAAUCCACAUUUAAUCUUCAGGAACAUCACGAACUCGGUGGAACAGUCGUUGGAGGGAGACAUUGCCACGGCGGCAUUUGUGCGCGAGAUCUUCAGUGAUCGGUCGAAUGGCAAGAUCUUGCCCUUCUUCAAGGAGAAGACACAGCAGCUGUAUGCCGGACAUGUGGAGGAGGUGAACUUCCAUGUGGUGAACGAUAUUGUGCGAAGACGCACCAAUCUCUUGGUCAAGCGACACACCAUGGGCAAAGUGCUGGAAUAUCUGCGCACGAAUAGCGUUUGGGUUAAUGGUCCGCUGGCUACAGUGUCGGCCAAUCUCUUCCAGACAGACUGCUCCCGCGGCUCGACAACGGAUCGCGAUGGUGAAAUGUUCUUCCAGGUGCAUCCCACGGUGCGUCAGCGUCGUCUGGUGCCAAUUCCCGCGGUGCUCUAUCGCUCCGGCUUCUCGGCCGGCUAUGAGCCCAAGCUGGAUGCCACAAUUGUGGCAUUUGGACGCAUACAGGACACGGUGAGCACCAUUUAUGUGAUGCCAGGACAUCAGAGUUCGGUGGCGCCCACAGACAAUCUGGAUAGACUGGAAAGGAAUCUGGUGGAACAGGCGUUUAGCAAGGAGAAUGCCUGGAGCAGUCUGCUCACCUCGCUGAUGGAUCGUCCGGGCAUGGAGGUGCAACUGCCGCGUUUCUCGCACCGCUCGUUUGUCAAUGCCUCGCUGGGUCUGCAGAAGAUGGGACUGAAGGGUCUGUUCAGGUCGGACUUUGCCGACUUGCGCGGCUUGACAGGUGCCGGCAAUCGCGACAUCUUCCUGUCGGACAUGACACAGAUCAAUACGUUCAGCACCUGUGGCGAGGAGAAGAUCUCCGAUCACCAUCAUGUGGAAAUGUAUCCGGCACCGCCGCUGCGUAAGCGCAACAAGGAUGUGGAUGCCACCGAUGACGAUGCCUAUGAUUCAUCCGAGGCGGUUGUGGAUUUUGGUUCAUUGGUGCAGGAGUCGACAUUGGGUCGCGGCUUCUACGAUGAUCUGCUGGAUCCCAAGUAUCUGGAGCUGCCAUUGCCGCUGCGUCCGCGUCAGGCACGAGUUCCGGAUGCGCCUCGGCUGCGUUUCGACAAACCCUUCCUCUACUUUGUGCGCCACAAUCCGACGGGCAUGAUACUCUUCAUGGGUCGCUUCAAUCCCCGCCUGCUGCCAUGAAAACGUAUCCCCGUGUCUUUACCCAACUUUAAGUAAGCCAAACAUUUCAACAAUUUGUUAAAAAAAACUUCAAUGAAUAGUGAAUUUAUUUUGCCAGUCUGCAAAAUGCCUGCAAUUAA